GAUGAUGGUAUCUCCCACUUUCUAGUAUUUGUUAAGGUAGGAGUAUCAACGACUCUUCUUACCGAUCCCUGUAAUUUUCUUUGCAUCCUACAUAUUUACCUUAGUUGAAUGUUGAGCUUAAGCUGCGAUAACGGAUGCAUCUACUGUACUAUUAUAGACGGACAUUAUUUGUCAAACCUACGACUGUAUCGACUGUAUUUAUAUCCUUUCAUCACUUUUCUUCACUGCAAUUACAUUGUAAGCUACGAAGCAAAAGGAAUGGUGCGUAGAAAGAUGAGAAGAGUUAAAGUUGUUGUGUCCCGUCAUUGUAUUAUUUUCCCGGUUUCCUUGGCGGAUGUUGCUACACUCAUGAUAACUGGACUUUACCCGGGCCUAUCCUUAUUGUCCAGAGCGAAAACUAUUCUUGUAGACUAAAAGAGCGGUGCUCGCACACUAUGUUGAUGUGGCGGUGCUGCCGCUGAUCAACAGGAAAGGUUUCUUAUAACUCGUUUGUAUACACUAUUCGACGGUCGUUGUCCAAUGUUGUAAAGGCAGUGUUAUUUGUUUUUGCUUCCGUUUCAAGUUCAUAAUAGAAGAUAUGCACAAGAUCGUCAGUCGUAGACAGAAGGCAAAAACUAGCUUCACUACCUGUAAUCCAUCUUAAACGAGGCUUGCGCUCUCACUUGCCGAAUAGCAUACGUAGCUGGGCUCAGAGAGGCUAAUGCACAGCGAGGAAAGAAAAAGGUAAAGGGGACAUGCUGGUGACACAAAACGGAUAACACGAAG